GAAUCCUUUCCCAACGUGACGAUAUUCUUCAGCGACAUCGUCGGCUUCACCAGUAUAUGUGGGAGAUGUUCGCCACAGGAGGUUUGGCCUUAAAUAUCACACACACACACUACCACACACCCAACCACACAGACACAAUAUAUAAGGAAUGAGUUUUAUCUAAAAAAUCGGGUAUAUGCAAGAAAGCAGGCUCCAUUAGAAAUUUUGGCUUGAUAAUGUGAGGCUUUUUCAACAUUAAAACGAGCAAAAAGCAAAGGUCUCUGUCAGUUGUCAACUUUAAAUUCGAGAAAUAACAAUACGUACCUAAACAAGUUGGUGAUUGAUUUAACACAGAACUGUACGUUGGAAUCAAUCAAAGUUUCAUUUUUUUUUUAAAUUGCAUUUUUAUCAUUUUAAAGUCAUUAACGGAAUUAUUGAUUUUUUUUAAAGAUUAUUUUUGUUUAAUACAUUUAAAACAUCAGAAGCAUUUUAUGACUAAAUGAGACGCUAUUAUUUCCCUUUAGGUGCUAAAUUUUUUGAACGACCUGUAUACCCGCUUCGAUGUGGUGCUCAACAGUUACAACGUCUACAAGGUAAUCAUUGUGACGAUGGACGUCCUUGUUUUU